AUGGAUGUUAUCAACUCAGCUUUGAUCACCCUCAUUCCGAAGAUCGAUCAACCUCAACUUGUAAGAGAUUUUCGCCCCAUUAGCUUGUGCUCAGUGUUAUAUAAGCUUGUCUCAAAGGCCAUUGCUGUAAGGUUUAAAGAAACUCUUCCAUCUGUGAUUUCCCAAAAUCAAAGUGCAUUUCUCCCAAACCGGCUUAUUACAAAUAAUGUACUUCUUGCUUUUGAGUUGGUACACAGCCUUAAAAAUAAAAAGAGAGGCCGAAUGGGUUAUGCAGCUUUGAAAUUGGAUAUGAGUAAGGCUUUUGAUCGUGUGGAAUGGUUUUUUCUUCAAGCAGUCAUGACUAAGAUGGGUUUUGAUUCCAAAUGGGUUACUCUGGUUAUGAAAUGUGUUUCUUCAGCAACUCUUACUUUCAAUAUUAAUGGGGCUAUUAAAGGUUCGGUUGUUCCUAAGCGAGGUCUUCGCCAAGGAGAUCCCAUUUCACCAUACUUGUUCCUUAUUUGCUCUGAAGGACUUUCUGCUUUGUUGAAAAAUGAAGAAUCUCUUGGUAAUCUUAAAGGUUUAUCCAUUGCUAGAGGGGCUCCUUCUGUUUCGCAUCUCUUAUUUGCGGAUGAUAGCUUGCUGUUUUGCCAAGCAACUUAUGCUUCUUGUCAUGCGAUUCAACAUGUUCUUGAUUACUACCAUAGAGCGUCUGGUCAACUUCUCAACACAGAUAAGACUGUUAUGUCCUUUUCACCCAAUGUCACUUCUGUCAAUAAAGAUCAAUUUCAUCAUGUUUUGGGUAUGCCUAUCUGUGAGCUGCAUGAGAAAUAUCUUGGAUUACCUUCAUAUGCUGGAAAGGAUAAAAAGGAGUUAUUUAGUGGUAUAAAAGAUCGUAUUUGGAAGUUAAUGAAUCAAUGGCAUGUGAAGCUUUUUUCUAUUGGCGGUAGGGAAGUGCUUUUAAAAGCUGUUGUGCAGUCCAUUCCCACUUAUGCUAUGAGCUGCUUUAGUCUCCCGAAAAAAUUCUGCAAUCAACUUGAGUCUAUGAUGGCCAAUUUUUGGUGGGGAUCAAGUGCUAAUAACUCUAAAAUUCAUUGGAAGGCUCUUUUAGCAAAACGAGCCUGGAGGAUCUUCGAGAACCCUUCUACGCUCUUAGCUAGAGUUCUCAAAGCAAGAUACUUCAAGAAUGGUGACUUUCUUUCGGCUGCUAAAGGUACUCUGCCUUCUCUUACUUGGCAAAGUAUUUGUGAUGGUAAGGAAUUGCUGAACAAGGGGCUGCGUUGGAAAAUUGGUUUGGGUAACAUGGUUAGAUGUGGUUCUGAUCCUUGGCUUCCGGGGAAUACUACGUUCACUCCAUACACUUAUAGUGGGGACCCUAUAUUCACAGUUUCCCAUUAUAUUUCUGCAGAUAGGAAAUGGGAUACUAGGAUAUUGGAAAACCAUUUUGGUGCUAUUGAUAUUGAAAGAAUUCUAUCCAUCCCUCUUAGUAGCCUUCCUCGCGAGGAUCUGCUCAUUUGGCAUCACUCUUAUACAGGGGUUUACAGUGUGAAAUCGGGCUAUCAUCUUGCAGCAAGUUUGGAAACUUUGGAUUCACACUCACCCUCAUCAUCAAAUCGUCAAUGGUGGAAUAGAUUUUGGUCCCUCAGUUUGCCUAAAAAGGUUAAAAUUUUUGCUUGGCGAUUUAUUAAUGAUGCUCUUCCCACUGCUGUGAAUCUUGUUCUAUGUCAUCGUGCUAAGGCUGUGUGGAACAAGCUUAAUUUUCAAGUGUCUAUGGUGAAUAUAGGCAAUCUUAAGGGUCAUGACAUUUUUGCUCACCUUGCUGCAAUGCAUAAUGAUUCAGAUUUGGAGAGGAUUAUUUGUCUUAUGUGGUGUAUAUGGUCUGAGCGUAACAAAGAAACUCAUGGUUCAAGAGCUAAACCGGCGGAUGUGAUUUGCUCUUUUUCAGCAACAUACCUGGAACAAUAUCACAAUGCUCAAGCCUCUGUUACUGCGUUAAACCAAACAGAUAAUCGCCCUCCGAAUAGUUCUGAUCCUCAUCCCACUGCUCAUCGUAUCGUGGCUAAGUGGCAGCCUCCUGGUGCUGGUUUUUACAAGUUAAAUACUGAUGCAACUUACGAUCAUGAGGGCAAAAUUGUAGGGGUUGGUGCACUUAUCCGAGACCAUUUGGGUUCUGUCAUUGCUGGUUUUUCAAAGCCUCUUCAAGGUUGUUACUCGGCAAAAGAAAUGGAAGCAGUGGCACUUUAUCACAGUCUUCAAUGGGCACUUGAUCAUCAUUUCCACCUUCAUAAUAUCGAAACUGAUUCCUUAUUGGUGGCUAAUGCUGUUAACAAUAUGUCCUCUGCUAAAUUUUUUUACUCAUUUUUAUGA